AUGAUCUAUGAGGUUAUUAACCAUUGCUUAAUUAAUCUAUAUAUCCUAUACAUUUAUUAUUUAGAAUACUUUACAUUUGAAAUCAACAUUAAACCAGUAUCAUCACAACUCCAAGUAAUCAAUCUUGGUGAAGGUGCUCCAUUUGAUACUCUUCACAAUUUCAUUCACAACUCUGUCGCUCCAUUCAUUCGUUCAUUUGCUUUGAAAUCUCAAACUCAAAAGAAUACAAAUACAGUUGAAAAGGAUGUUAAAUUAGGAAUCGGAGCAGUCAAUCAAAAGAUUGCAGAAUUAGAAUUGUCAUUGUAUAAUUGUCGUGAAGAACAACAAACCGACAAGACUGGAUCGACCACCUCGUCAUCACGUCUUCAAUAUGCUUCACGUGUCCGUCAAAACAAGGCAGCUAGUGGAGACAAGAGCGCCUCAGAGGACAAGCAAGACGGUACAUCCGACUCUGUCGUCAUCUCAAUCAUCAAGCCAAGGCUCGAGACAUCGAUCCACGAGGUCAUUCGCAACCAAGUGCUUUCGCUCGACCCAUCCCUCGAGUUUGCACGUGUCAGCUGGAUCCAACAGUUGCACCAAUGGCUCAACAUUACAUUCCGAGAUAUGUUGGCCAAGUUGCCACGCGAAACACUCGACAAGGCCUAUGCAACCAUUCAAUCCAAGUUGGACGAGGUGCACCGCUACGUUCAGAUCUGGUUGCAAUACCAGGCACUCUGGGACAUGGAGUCAUCGUACGUGUACAACAAGCUCGGUGACGACCUCAGUCGCUGGCAAAACCUCCUUGGUCAGAUCAAAAAGUCACGUACCACCUUUGACAAUAGUGAUACCGACAAGGCUUUUGGCCCAUUGAUCAUCGACUAUGCCCAAGUACAGGCAUCUGUCAACAACAAGUACGACUUUUGGCACAAGGACAUUCUCUCGCACUUUGGUCAAAAGUUGGCCGAAAAGAUGCGUGCCUUUUACGACACGAUUGCUGCCAGUCGUACAGAACUUGAAAAGUUGUCUGUAGAGUCUGUAUCGACCGAGGAGGCAGUGUCAUUUAUCAUCCAGAUCCAAGAGAUGAAGCGUCGUUUGAUUGGAUGGGAAGCUGACCUCAAGUAUUACCGUUCCGGUCAAGAUUUGCUCCAACGUCAACGAUUUCAGUUCCCCAAUGAUUGGCUCGAUUGCGACAUGGUGGAAGCAGAGUGGUCUGCCUUUAACGACAUUCUCAACCGUAAGAAUGCAUCCAAGAGCAAGUCCAUUUCGGAUCGUAUCCGCGAGUUUGCCGAAGACUGGUCCAACAACAAGCCAUUGGCUGGUUCGAUCAAGCAUGCUCAAGCACUCGACACAAUCCGCGUCUUUGAGAGCCGUAUGAUUCGUCUCAGGGACGAAAAUACCCGUUUACAAAAGGCCAAGCAGGCACUCGACCAAGUCGACCAGACCGGCGGCUCAUCCGAUGAAGAGCGUCUCCAACCGGUCGAGGAAGAGAUGCAAGACCUCAAAGCUGUGUGGUCCGAACUCGCUGUCACCUGGCUCGAGAUUGACACACUUCGUGAGACUGCCUGGUCGGCCGUCGUUCCACGUAAGGUCAUCGAGAAGGAGUCCAAGGCAAUGUCUCCUCUCUUGCUCUGCUCUGUCCCAGGUUACGACGCAUCCUCGGUCGUUGACGAUCUUGCCGCCGAGUUAAGAAAACCAUACAAGAGCUGGGCUAUUGGUUCACCCGAAGGAUUCCAAUCGGCCGAAAAGUCCAUCUACGACGCUUCCAAGAGCGGUUCGUGGGUACUCCUCAAAGUUGGGGUGUGGAGUGAGCGAGUGCAACUUCUUUUCCAAUUUAACCAACCAUUGUGGAGCCAAAUGGAUGUUUUUGAGUACAAUGACGCCGAUCUCCGUGGUGCCAUCGACUCUAUCGACUAUUGGAUCGAUCUCUACUCCAAGGGUCGUUCCAAUAUCGAUCCAGACAAGAUCCCUUGGGUUGCCGUCCGCACCAUUCUCGGUCAAACCAUCUAUGGUGGUCGUGUCGACAAUGAAUUUGAUAUGCGUCUGCUCAACUCGUUCCUCGAGCAACUCUUUACCCCCGCCGCUUUCAAUGCCGACUUCCCAUUGAUUCAAUCGAUUGGUCUCACCGUCCCAGACGGCACCAACCGUGCCAACUUUGUCCAAUGGAUUGACAACUUGCCAGAUGCUAAAAAGGUUGUCAAUGAUCUUCAAAAGAUGCAACUCUCUGAAGAAGAUGCCAUCGAACCAUCCUCAUCUUCCGAAUCUGGCAAAGAACAACAAGAAGAUAAAUCUAAACUUAAACUUAAGAAUCUUAUUAAUGAUUGGAUAAAGACUAUUCCAAAGCCAAUGAAACAACCAAAGAGAACAGCACAAAAUAUUAAGGAUCCAUUAUUUAGAUGUUUUGAAAGAGAGAUUACUAUUGUUACUAAAUUGAUCAAAAAGAUUACAACCGAUUUGAAUAGUAUCAAUGAAUUGUUGGCUGGUACCAUCAAGCAAACAAAUUAUCUCCGUUCAUUGACUGGUAGCAUUACCAAGGUUUGGUUGGCCGGUCUUUUGAACCCUGAACCCUACAUUACCGCCACUAGACAAUCAUCUGCUCAACUCAACGGAUGGUCACUUGGUUUGACCUUAGACUCCAUGUCGAUGGUCUCGGUGAAACAAAGGCCAGCGAUGGUUUCACUGUCAAGGGUCUUUCACUCGAAGGUGCCACCUGGAACAACUCGAUCCUCACCCCAACAAAGGAUCUCUCCACCAAUUGCAACCACAACACUCUCAUGGCGCGAUAAGGAUGAUCCAAUCUUUGCCUCGCCAGCAACCAAGCUCACCGUCCCUGUCUAUCUCAAUGAUACCCGUACUGAAUUACUCUUCUCACUCGACCUCCAAUUCUUACAAACAACUACCAAACAAUCAUGGUAUCAACGUAGUGUUUCAAUUAGUUCAUGGAAACCUGAUUUCUAA